AUGAACGGAGCUGGCGAUCCGGAUGGAAUUGCUUCUUCCUAUCAUCAAGACUUGAAGCCGACCCAAGGUUUAUUCCCGUCCGUGUUCAAUUUGGCGGCAGACGCUGAAGUGACGUCUAAUGCCACGUGCGGCCAGUCGUCAUCCGACGGGCCGGAAAUCUAUUGCAGGCUGGUCGAACAUGUCUACGUUCGUGAACCCCAAUGUGGCGUGUGUGACGAUAAAGACCCCGAAUACCGCCAUCCCAUCACGAACGUUAUCGACGGCACCAACAGCCGGUGGCAAAGUCCCACGCUUCAGAACGGUCGCCGCUUCGAAUGGGUCACAAUCACCCUCGACCUGAAACAGGUGUAUCAAGUGGCGUACGUUGUGGUCAAGUCUGCCAUCUCCCCACGUCCUGGCAAUUGGAUAUUGGAGCGCUCCAUAGAUGGCGUUACUUUCCUUCCAUGGCAAUAUUACGCUUUGAGCGAAGCUGAAUGUCUUUCCCGGUACGGAAUAGAACCGCGUGAAGGUAAUCCAACUUACAGGAGCGAUAGCGAAGUCAUUUGUACUGCCUUCUACUCCAAACUGGAUCCGUUGGAAGACGGAGAAGGCGGCCAGGAGCCGGCCUUCCGACAGCCGAGUUACUCGAUUUCACACGAGCUCGUUACGUCCGGCUCCGUCUGCAAAAGAUCCGGACUCUGA